GUUCUGCUGAGAGGAAAGGUUCCGGAAGACAAAGGUUCCUAGGGGCACCUUAGGCGGACGAGAGCUCCCCUGAUAGAUGUUCAUUAUCUUAUCUCAGCUAUGCCUGGAGUACUGAGAAAUGAGCUCCCCGUCCUGCUAUAAUCCUCUCUAUAUGCUGGGCUACUGUACACUGCAGAGAUUAUGUUUAGGUCUUCAGAAUCACAGAACGAUGGGGACACAGGACCUGUCUACGUGCGUGAGAAGGGUCGGCUGUUCCUGGCAGGUUCACAGCCCUCAAAUGUGAAGUCUUGUCCCCCUCGCCUGUUCUCUAAAGGUUUUUCUGUGGAGCUGUGUGUGAAGGAAGAAGAUAACUGUAAACCCAAAGAAAAGCCAUUUAUCUUCACAUACACAGAGGAGGGCAGCUUGCGUUAUUCUGCAAAGUCUCUCUUCACCUUGGCUCUGGAUCUUAUUGCUGAUAACAUUCAGCAUGUCGACUCCUUGCUGGGUUUUCCUGAACAGAUCGCAGAGAGGCUGUUCACUGCCGCAGAGUCCAGGCAACAGUUCUCCAAACCACACAGCGGCCUUGUGGCCCUUCGUAAAUUUACCGAGGCCUACGGGGAUCUGAUGCUGUCUUCACUGUGUCUGCGGGGCAAGUACCUCCUAGUGUCCGAGAAGUUGGAAGAGAUUAAAUCAUUUCAAGAUCUAUGCAGUUUGGACUUGUCAUGUUGUAAAUUAGGGGAUGAUCAUGAAUUGCUGCAACAUAUUACCUCUGACACUCUGAACAGCUUGAGAGAGCUCUACCUAAGAGAUAAUUGCCUGUCUGAUGCUGGGAUCAGGAAAAUGACGGCUCCAGUGAGGAUCCUACACAGGGGACUGGGAAGCCUGACACUGCUGGAUCUUUCUUGUAACUCCGGAAUCACAGAUGUGGGGCUCAAAUUCCUGUUUGUUUUUAAACAACUCCAGUUCUUGGACCUUUCUGAUACAGGUGUGCAGGAUUCCAUUGUCACACGCAAGGCAAUAGAAACAAGGAUGGGACUGCUCCUUUCCCUAAAACCUCUAUCUCAGUUUGAUCACAUAGACUGCACGACUCAAGGCUGGGCUGAACAGCUUUUGAAUCAGUGGAACACAGUGGUUGCAUCAGCUGCUAAGCCAAAAGAGUCCCUGAAAUCCAGGACUGCAGCUCAGCACUUUUAUGGAAAAGAAAAGGUAAACCAAAGAGAUCUGCAGGCCUCUACCAUAAAUUUUUCAGCAAUCACACAAUUUAGACCACUGCAGUUUUACAGUCAGGACAAAGGGAUAUCUACAACCCUAUCGGGACAAUUUCCAGUGAAAAGGACUCGUGAUGAUAAAACUCAAGACGCCGUCUCUUCCGCUCCUGCAAAAAGACUUUGUGUGUCUUUGUCUGCAGAGGACUUGAACUUGCUAAAUUCUUACUGAGCCACGUCUAAGCUAGUUCUGUCUCCACGAUCAAGGAGGAGACACACUGAGUACACACUGUUUAUUUGGGUGUUGGCCAUAUUGCUUGGUAUUAUAUAGCACAGAGAACAUCUGUACCUAUGUGAUACUGCAUGGUUCCAGCAGGAAAAUAGAGAAUGCUUUACUAAAGGUUGGAUAAGAUUUGCCUUAGCCUGGGGUUACUUGGUUUGUCAAACCUUAGAUACGAACCUUCAUUUACAAAAAGACCCAACAACCUCUUAAGAGAAUGACAGAUUCCACACUGCAAAAUGAUAAAUAU